UUGGAAGAAUGAGGGAGAGAAGUACACACAAGGUAAAGAUAUCCUUUGGACCAAACUUCAAAAGGCCGCCCAUAAAAGUUUUUAAUUAGCUUAUGCUUGUCGUUCUUGUCUCCUUCCACAAGAAACCCCAAACCUUCCCUUGUCCCAUGCAGUGAGGUAAGGGAAGCAAUCAGCAGCAAUGGCGGAUGAUGAUGUGUCACCCGGAGGAGGAAUAGGAGGAGCUGGGAUCUACUCGCACCUACUUUUCGGGGAAGACGACGUCGUUGUGAGUCUUGGUGCAGAUUCAGACGGGCGCCUCAACUUCAGUCCGCCGUCGUCUUCCGGCUGCCGCCGGGACUCCCCUGCUUCCAAACUCGAUUUACCACCCAACAAGAAAAAGAGACAUGUCAAAAGUGAAGGCAAAGGUAGUUCAGCUCGUCAAAACAGGGGAAAAUCCAUGAAUAAUCCGCCGGGAAACAACUCCAAGAAGAAUGUCACUGCCCCUCCGGCGAAGGGAAAAAGGAGACAGAAGCUUGGCGACAGAAUUGCGGCACUGCAGCAACUCGUGUCGCCAUUUGGAAAGGGAGAUACGGUGUCAGUGCUGACUGAAGCGAAUUGUUACAUAAGAUCUCUUCAGGAUCAAGUUCAGGUUCUUUGCUCUCCCUAUCUGACUCCGCCGCCGUGUAUUACGGAGGAGGAGGAGGAUUGUGGCGGCGGAGAGAACAGGGGAGGGAGGAUGUUAAGGGGAAGGGGAUUAUGUCUUGUCCCCAUCGACAUCGCUUUGCCCGUAGUAUCUCAUUAUGACUUCAGCGGAGAUGUUAUUUUGUCACGCGCCGCCGUCCCCCGGACAGCCCGCCGCCGCGGCGCUCAACUGGAAUAAUCUGCUGCGGCUCACAUUUUGUUCAAUUUUGAUUCGAAUUCAGUGGACAGAUCCCACCUUUUCUGGACCAGACCGAAGACCCUUUUCUUUAAAUGAAUGAAUCCAGUCAUU